AUGGCUAGAACAAAGCAAACUGCAAGAAAGUCCACGGGUGGUAAAGCCCCAAGAAAGCAACUGGCGUCCAAGGCGGCCAGAAAGUCCGCGCCAUCCACCGGUGGUGUCAAGAAACCUCACAGAUACAAGCCGGGUACCGUUGCCUUGAGAGAAAUUAGAAGAUUUCAAAAAUCCACAGAGUUGCUGAUCAGAAAGCUUCCUUUCCAGAGACUUGUCCGUGAAAUCGCUCAGGACUUCAAGACCGAUUUGAGAUUCCAAUCCUCCGCUAUCGGUGCUCUCCAAGAAUCCGUCGAAGCUUACCUAGUUUCGUUGUUCGAAGACACCAACUUGGCUGCGAUCCAUGCCAAGCGUGUCACUAUCCAAAAGAAGGAUAUUAAGCUGGCGAGAAGACUGAGAGGCGAGCGGGCUUGA